GAGUAACAUGCCAUCGACGCGGUGAGCGCAUUUCAGUGAUCCGUUCGGGUGUUUUGCACAAGAAAACAACAAGAUAUCUCCGAAUUUGCAUGCGAUAAACACCGUGCGGCUCUUCAAAGGCCAACUGUGGAUGUAACUGUUGCACUUUGAACACAGACAUGAACCACUGAGACGGCAAAAGACGGAAAAAGCCUGGAAUACACUUGAGGGAAGAGCCCCAUCUCAUCCCACUGCCCUACAAAUAAAAGGUUUGGAAUCAUGGGGUUCUUAUGGCUGCUAGUAUUUUUUGUCUGUGCGUUGACUGGGACAAACACUUGGGCAUUUCCAAUGACUCCUACGGAAAACCCUGAAGUCAACGGGGCAUUCAGAGUUAAAGACACAAGCCUCACACAUCUCACUGUGCACCGCAAGACUGGUGAUGUUUUCAUUGGUGCAGUAAACCGAGUCUACAAGCUCUCUGCCAAUCUGACCGAACUGCGUUCACAUCAGACGGGUCCCGUGGAUGACAACGCCAAAUGCUAUCCGCCCCCUAACGUACGAGCCUGUGCACAGAAACUGGAAUCCACGGACAACGUCAACAAAUUGCUGCUAGUUGAUUACGCUGGCAAUCGUCUGGUGGCCUGCGGAAGCAUCUGGCAGGGCGUGUGCCAGUUCCUGCGGCUGGAAGAUCUCUUCAAGCUUGGUGAACCACAUCAUCGCAAAGAACACUACCUCUCGGGUGCCAAAGAGCCAGAUGGGAUGGCUGGAGUCGUGGUGGGGGAUGACGACGGAGAGUUGAAGAAGAAAAAGAAAGGCGGUAGUCGCCUCUUCAUUGGCGCAGCCAUUGAUGGCAAAUCUGAGUAUUUUCCUACCCUGUCCAGCCGUAAAUUGGUGGCCGAUGAGGAGAGUGUGAAUAUGUUUAGCCUGGUCUACCAAGAUGAGUUUGUGUCCUCACAAAUCAAGAUACCUUCAGACACCUUGUCUCAAUAUCCAGCGUUUGACAUCUACUACGUUUAUGGGUUCUCCAGCCGCACCUACAUUUAUUUCCUUACUUUACAACUCGAUACCCAGCUCACCCAAGUGGAUGCAACUGGGGAGAAGUUCUUCACCUCAAAGAUCGUCCGCAUGUGCUCCAAUGACACAGAGUUCUACUCCUAUGUCGAGUUCCCUCUUGGGUGCACCAAGGAUGGUGUGGAAUACCGGCUUGUUCAAGCUGCAUACAAGCACCGUCCGGGGAAGAUACUGGCUCAGGCUCUAGGCCUGUCUGAGGACGAGGAUGUGCUUUUUGUGGUCUUCUCCCAAGGUCAGAAGAAUAGGGCUAAUCCACCUAGAGAAACGGUACUGUGCCUCUUCACAUUGCACCAGAUCAACCUGGCCAUGCGAGAGAGGAUCAAGUCGUGUUACCGCGGUGAAGGAAAGCUGUCGCUACCGUGGUUGCUCAACAAGGAGCUGCCUUGUAUUAACACGCCCAAGCCGAUUGGUGAUGAUUUCUGUGGCCUGGUUCUGAAUCAGCCACUCGGGGGGCUCAGGGUCAUUGAAGGCACUCCUCUGUUUGACGAUCGCACUGACGGUAUGGCAUCUGUGGCCACGUACACGUAUGGCGAUCAUUCGGUGGUGUUUGUGGGAACACGCAGUGGCCACCUUAAAAAGAUUCGAGUGGAUGGCAUACCGCUGGCAUCUGAAAACUCACUGCUGUACGAGACCGUGCCCGUUGUGGAGGGAAGCCCGAUUCUACGCAACAUGGUGUUCAGUCCAGAUUAUCAAUACAUCUACCUGAUGAGUGAGAAACAGGUGAGCCGUCUGGCCGUGGAGAGCUGCUCUCAGUACACGACCUGUAACGAAUGUCUGGGCUCUGGAGACCCUCACUGCGGCUGGUGUGUCCUGCAUAACAAGUGCUCCAGAAAGGAAGCUUGCGAGAAGUGGGCGGAGCCGCUGCACUUCAGUACGGAGCUGAAACAGUGUGUUGACAUCACUGUCAAUCCUGAUAACAUGUCCAUGACCUCCGCCUCGACACAGUUAAGUGUGAAGGUAGCCAAUGUCCCGAACCUCUCUGCGGGAGUAACAUGUGUGUUUGAAGAGCUAACAGAGAGUCCAGGUGAAGUGUUGGCAAAAGGACAAAUUCUCUGUAUGUCCCCAUCUCUACGGGACGUCCCGUCUGUCAACCAGGGAUAUGGCGAUAAACGGGUUGUGAAGCUCUCUCUGAAGUCCAAAGAGACGGGCCUCAAAUUCAUCACCACUGAUUUCAUCUUCUACAACUGCAGCGUCUUGCAAUCGUGUUCGUCUUGUGUGAGCAGUCCUUUUCCGUGCAACUGGUGUAAAUAUCGCCACAUCUGCACCAAUAACGUGGCCGAGUGUUCUUUCCAAGAGGGCCGAGUAAACAGUGCAGAGGGCUGCCCACAAAUUCUACCCACCACAGACAUCCUGGUACCGGCGGGGAUUGUUCGACCAAUCACAUUGCGAGCUCGCAACUUGCCCCAACCUCAGUCGGGUCAAAAGAACUAUGAGUGCGUGUUCAACAUCCAGGGCAAAAUCCAGCGCAUUCCUGCCGUCCGAUUUAACAGCUCCUGUAUCCAGUGCCAGAACACUUCGUACUGGUAUGAAGGAAAUGAGAUGGGAGACCUGCCCGUAGAUUUCUCCAUUGUGUGGGACAGUGACUUUCCCAUCGACAAACCAUCCUCCAUGCGAGCUCUCUUGUACAAGUGUGAAGCGCAGAGGGACAGCUGCGGACUUUGUCUAAAGGCAGACAGCAUGUUUGAAUGUGGCUGGUGUCUUGCCGAUAAGAAAUGUCUCCUGAAGCAGCACUGUCCAUCACCCGAACACAACUGGAUGCAUCAAGGACGACGCAACGUACGCUGCAGUCAUCCGCGUAUCACUAAGAUCCGCCCACUGACAGGGCCGAAAGAGGGCGGCACACGCGUGACCAUUGAGGGAGAGAAUUUGGGGCUGCAGGUUCGAGAGAUUACGUAUGUGCGUGUGGCGGGGGUGCGCUGUUACCCCGCAGCUUCUGAAUAUAUCAGCGCUGAGAGGAUUGUGUGUGAUAUGGAGGAAUCUCAGAUAUUGAACCCUCCUGGUGGUCCGGUGGAGUUGUGUAUCGGUGACUGCAGCGCAGAGUAUCGCACGCAGUCGUCUCAAACAUACUCAUUUGUGACUCCGAGUUUUAGCCGUGUGCGGCCAGAGAAAGGACCCAUGUCUGGAGGGACCAGACUGACUAUCUCAGGUCGACAUCUGGACGCAGGCAGCACUGUGACUGUGUUUUUGGCCCAGGAAGAGUGUCUGUUUGUCAGGAGAACGGUGCGUGAGAUUGUGUGUGUGACCCCACCAUCAGCGUUGGGCUCUGGGACUUCAUCUGUCAAGCUGUUCAUUGACAAGGCAGAGGUCACCAGCGAUACACGUUAUAUUUACACCGAGGAUCCAACCAUUUCCGGCGUGGAGCCAAACUGGAGUAUUAUAAAUGGGAGCACCACCCUCACUGUCACAGGAACCAAUCUGCUCACCAUUCAGGAACCCAAAGUCAGAGCCAAAUAUGGAGGAGUGGAGACUACAAACGUUUGUACUGUGGUGAACGACUCAGUGAUGACGUGCUUGGCUCCAGGCAUCAUCUACACCAAACGGCAGGCUCCAGAGAGCGGGAUUCACCCGGACGAGUUCGGAUUCAUUCUGGACCACGUUUCCGCCCUUCUCAUCCUCAAUGGAACUCCAUUCAUGUACUACCCUAACCCAACCUUUGACCCCCUUGGGAAUGCAGGGAUACUGGAGGUCAAACCGGGGUCACCCAUCAUUCUAAAGGGAAAGAAUCUCAUUCCUCCCGCCCCAGGAAAUGCCCGCCUGAAUUACAGCGUCAUGAUUGGAGAAAUGCCCUGUCUGCUAACAGUCUCUGAAUCUCAGCUGCUCUGCGAUUCACCAGAUCUGACCGGAGAACAGCGAGUGAUGAUUCUAGUAGGAGGUCUGGAAUAUUCCCCCGGCAUGCUUCACAUCUAUUCCGACAGCACUCUCACGCUGCCUGCCAUUAUAGGGAUCGGAGCGGGCGGAGGCGUUCUUCUCAUCGCAAUUAUUGCCGUGCUCAUCGCCUACAAACGCAAAACGAGGGACGCCGACCGCACGCUCAAACGCCUGCAGCUGCAAAUGGACAACCUGGAGUCCCGAGUUGCACUAGAGUGCAAAGAAGCAUUUGCCGAGCUGCAAACAGACAUCCAAGAGCUAACCAACGACAUGGACGGUGUAAAGAUCCCUUUCUUGGAAUAUCGUACCUACACCAUGCGAGUGAUGUUCCCCGGUAUCGAAGAGCACCCUGUUCUGAAGGAGCUGGAUUCACCAGCUAAUGUGGAGAAGGCCCUGCGUUUGUUCAGUCAGCUGCUACACAACAAGAUGUUUCUGCUGACCUUCAUUCAUACACUGGAAGCUCAGCGAUCCUUCUCCAUGCGGGAUCGUGGCAAUGUGGCCUCCCUCCUGAUGGCGGCGUUGCAGGGACGGAUGGAGUACGCCACUGUGGUGCUCAAACAGCUGCUAGCUGAUCUGAUCGAAAAGAACCUGGAGAACCGGAACCAUCCCAAAUUGCUGCUCAGACGAACUGAAUCUGUGGCUGAGAAGAUGCUCACUAACUGGUUCACUUUCCUCCUUCACCGUUUCCUUAAGGAGUGUGCUGGUGAGCCUCUCUUCAUGCUCUACUGUGCUAUAAAGCAGCAGAUGGAGAAGGGGCCCAUAGACGCUAUCACAGGAGAGGCGCGAUACUCCCUAAGCGAGGACAAGCUUAUCCGACAGCAAAUCGACUACAAGCAGCUGACACUCAUGUGUAUUGCUCCGGAGGGAGAGGCAGGUACAGAAAUCCCUGUUAAGGUGCUAAACUGUGACACGAUCACUCAGGUGAAGGACAAGCUGCUAGAUGCUGUGUACAAAGGCAUCCCGUACUCUCAGCGACCGCAGGCCGACGACAUGGACUUGGAAUGGCGGCAGGGUCGACUAACCAGAAUUAUCCUCCAAGAUGAAGAUGUCACCACAAAGAUCGAGAGUGACUGGAAGAGACUAAACACACUGGCACACUACCAGAUGACAGAUGGGUCUUUGGUGGCUUUGGUUCAGAAGCAAGUAUCCGCUUACAACAUUGCCAACUCCUUCACAUUCACCCGUUCCCUCAGUCGAUACGAGAGCCUCCUCAGGACCUCUAGUAGUCCAGACAGUUUACGAUCAAGAGCUCCCAUGAUCACUCCUGACCAGGAGACGGGCACCAAACUCUGGCACCUCGUGAAGAACCACGAGCAUGCAGACCAGCGCGAGGGAGACCGUGGGAGCAAGAUGGUCUCUGAGAUUUACCUCACACGCUUACUGGCUACCAAGGGCACACUGCAGAAGUUUGUGGACGAUCUUUUUGAGACUGUAUUCAGCACGGCUCAUCGCGGCAGCGCUCUACCGCUGGCCAUCAAAUACAUGUUUGAUUUCCUGGACGAGCAGGCGGACAAGAGACAGAUCACUGAUCCAGAUGUACGGCACACCUGGAAGAGCAACUGCCUGCCUCUGCGGUUUUGGGUGAAUGUGAUAAAGAACCCUCAGUUUGUCUUUGACAUCCAUAAGAACAGUAUUACAGACGCCUGUCUGUCCGUGGUGGCUCAGACCUUCAUGGACUCCUGCUCAACAUCUGAGCAUCGUCUGGGCAAAGACUCUCCAUCCAACAAACUCCUCUACGCUAAAGACAUUCCUAACUACAAGAGCUGGGUGGAGAGAUAUUACAGAGACAUCAGUAAGAUGCCGAGUAUUAGUGAUCAGGACAUGGACGCUUAUCUGGUAGAGCAGUCUCGUCUCCAUGGUAACGAGUUCAACACGCUGAGCGCGCUCAGUGAACUGUACUUCUACAUCAACAAGUACAAGGAAGAGAUCUUGACUGCACUGGAUCGAGAUGGCUACUGCCGCAAACACAAGCUAAGACACAAACUCGAACAAGCCAUUAACCUGAUGUCUGGCAGCAGCUGAGGGCAGCAAAGGAUUGGUCGAAACGGGAGGGGAGGGGAGUUUGAGG